AUGAGGGCUAUCUUUUCUUCCUCUUCCUGGUCCUAUUUUUAUCCUUAGCCUCACACGCUUACACUCACAUGCACUUGACGACAGACUACAUACAUGCUCCACACUUGACGACAGACUAGUCGGAAUCUUAGAGCUCGUCCCUGCUGGGGCGGGGCCCCACUGGUGGGAGAUACCUGGCUGGAGAAAACCUCGCAAGCCGAAAAGUAGGUCAUCACUGGAUCCCGCCAUACAGUAGGGGAAGAUCAUCACCAUUUCUCCUGAUACAAUAUCCACCACACUUGCGGAGCUAAUGACCAUAACAGUUGACGCGCCCGGAAAUACGAAGUAAGCAAUCAAACCGUCGCUCAUCUACGAUUAUCCUUCGCAGUUUCCACGAGAUGGGCGUGUACGACCUGCCGGCGGUGAUCGACUUCAUCCUGCAGAAGACGGGCCACCGGCAGCUGCACUACGUGGGCCACUCCAUGGGCACCACCAUGUUCUACGUGAUGGCGUCGGAGCGGCCCGAGUACAACGCCAAGGUGCGCCUCAUGGUGGGCCUGGCGCCCAUCGCCUUCUUGUCGCACAUGAAGACCGGCUUCCUGCGCUUCCUCGCCUCCAUCGGGGACCAGCUGGGGUGGUUCCUGAUGCGCGCGGGCUUCGACGAGUUCCAGCCGAGCGACCAGAUGCGCGAGCUGGCGCGCUCCGCGCUGUGCACCGAGAACGCCCUGUCCUCGGAGCUGUGCGUGCUGCUCUUCGUCCUCGGCGGCUUCGACUCCACGCAGCUCAACAGGACAAUGCUACCUGUAAUAGCAGCGCAUACACCGGCCGGAACCUCCACAAAGGUCUUGCAUCACUACGCGCAAGUAGCCAAAUCAGGGAGGUUCCAGCAGAUGGACCUGGGUGCGAAGGAGAACUCCGCGCGCUACGGGCGCGCUCUGCCGCCGCAGUACAGCCUCGGCCGCGUCACCGCGCCGGUGGCGCUCUACACCGGCGACAACGACAACCUCUGCGGCCCGGAGGACGUCGCCAAACUGCACCUGGGACUGAAUAACGUGAUUGGCCACUAUCGAGUACCCUACUCCAAAUUUAAUCACCUGGACUUCCUCUGGGCGAAUGACGCGAAGACGUUCUUAUACGACGAUCUGAUUCGCUUGCUCGAUAAAUGGUGACACAUAUGUACUCUUUCUUACAUGUGUCAGCUCUUGGAUAUUCAGCGAAUACUUGAAAGAGACUUCAGUGAAUAGUGAAAGAAAAUGUUUUGAAAAUGAGAAUGGAAAGUUUCAUGAAAUGAAGAGGAAGUGAAUUG